AUGGACGCUGUGACGGCGAAUUUGGUUCAGUCUCCGGCCUUACUCCGUCGAACAUCCGAAAACGUCUCUGGGUCGAUUUUCCUAACGGCAAGCUGUCCUGGGUUCAUGCGAUUCGGCUCCGGACCUCAGUUUCGCCUCAGACACAAUUCAUCUCUUAAAUCCUCGAGACCAUUGCUAAGCCGAACAGCUUCUGUUAAGUCUCGGAGAAGCUUUGUGGUGAAAGCUUCAGCUUCUGGUGAUGCGUCUGGCUCGACGGAUUCAAUCGCGCCGCUUCAGCUGAAGUCUCCUGUGGGGCAGUUUCUGUCACAGAUAUUAGUGAGCCAUCCUCAUCUUGUGCCAGCAGCUGUUGAACAGCAGCUUGAACAGCUCCAGACCGAUCGAGAAGCUGAGGAACAGACCAAAGAUGCAUCCUCUGUUCCUGGAACAGACAUUGUUCUCUACAGGAGAAUAGCUGAGGUUAAGGAGAAUGAGAGAAGAAGGGCUUUGGAAGAGAUUUUGUAUGCAUUAGUGGUUCAGAAGUUCAUGGACGCUAAUGUUUCACUUGUACCAUCGAUAAGCUCAUCAUCAUCUACGGAUCCAUCUGGUCGAGUUGAUACUUGGCCGACUCAAGACGGUGAACUCGAGCAACUUCACUCGCCUGAGGUUUACGAGAUGAUUCAGAAUCAUCUUUCCGUCAUUCUCAAAAACCGCGUUGGUGAUCUGACAACUGUAGCUCAGAUAAGCAAACUCGGAGUUGGACAGGUAUACGCUGCUUCUGUGAUGUAUGGGUAUUUCCUGAAGCGGAUCGACCAAAGGUUUCAGCUUGAGAAGACGAUGAAGAUUCUUCCAGGCGGGUCAGAUGAUGGCGAGACUAGCAUCGAGCAAGCAAGGCGAGAAACAGAGAGAAGCUUCUAUGAAGAAGCGGAAGAGACUUAUCAGGCUGUAUCCUCGAACCAAGAGGUUGGUUCGUUUGUGGGAGGGAUCAAUGCCAGUGGCGGUUUCAGCAGCGAAACGAAGCAGUCUCGGUUAAAGACUUACGUUAUGUCCUUUGACGGAGAGACCCUUCAGAGAUACGCGACAAUAAGAUCAAGAGAAGCGGUUGGGAUCAUCGAGAAGCACACAGAGGCUCUGUUUGGGAGGCCAGAGAUUGUGAUAACGCCACAAGGCACAAUAGAUUCGCUGAAGGACGAGCAGAUAAAGAUCAGCUUCAAGGGACUGAAGAGGCUUGUGUUGGAGGCUGUGACGUUUGGGUCGUUCCUAUGGGAUGUGGAGAGCCAUGUGGAUUCAAGGUAUCACUUCGUACUGAACUGA